AAAUCUAACGACCAACCAUGCCUGAUCCAGUCAAAGCACCGAAGAAAGGCUCCAAGAAAGCCGUGUCUAAAGCCACCAAGACCGGCAAGAAGAAGAGAAAGACCCGCAAGGAGAGUUACGCCAUCUACGUGUACAAGGUGCUGAAGCAGGUCCACCCCGACACCGGCAUCUCCUCCAAGGCCAUGGGCAUCAUGAACUCUUUUGUGGGGGACAUCUUCGAGCGCAUUGCCGGUGAGGCUUCCCGCCUUGCUCACUACAACAAGCGCUCCACCAUCACCUCCAGGGAGAUCCAGACCGCCGUCCGCCUGUUGCUGCCUGGUGAGCUGGCCAAACACGCCGUGUCUGAGGGCACCAAGGCCGUCACCAAGUACACCAGCUCCAAGUAAACCCGCUGUCUGUACCUACAACUCAAAGGUCCUUUUCAGGACCACCCACACCUUCACCUGAGAGCUUUAAUCCUUCAUGUGUUUGAUCUUCUUCAAUGUUAAAUAUUAUAAAUAUUUAAGUGAAUUUUUUUUUUUUUUUUUUUUUUUCGUCCCCUCUUUCUGUCUUAACAUGUUAUGGUGUAUUUUAGACUUCAAUAAUGUCUAGUGGUUUUAUUGGAAUGGUAAAACCGUUUUUGUUUUUAAAUGUCCUGUAGAAUUUAUUUAGGCCAGAUAUUUGGUCAUAUUUGCACACUUCUGUAUGUUAAAUCUCCCAAUGACCACAGUAACGGGGACCAGUGAAAAGACUAACUGGAGUCCAUUCAACUAAAUAUGGAUGCAGUUCAUAUUUUGGCCACAGGGUGUCGCUGCUGAUACACUGUAAAGGUCGCAUAUAAUACUUCAGAUGUGCUGCUGACAAGUAAUCACAAUCAACGUUCAUUUUUACAACACAAUGAAUAAAUGACAAAUAAAUGGAGA